AUGGAAGUAAACUCCAAACAGGUAAAGUUGAUGACAGCUACUGGCUCAGCUGCUUAUAAUCAUGAUGAAGCCACAAAUGAAGUUUUUUUCAGUGACCAGGGAAAUUCGGCCAAAAGCCACAACCAUUUCAAUAAUGAAAACACACGGCGUUAUAAAAUGAAUGACUACAAUGACAAUGUUAGCAAAUCAAGCGAAACUAUUUAUAAGAGAUACAACGAGGAAAAGCCAGUAUUUGGAGGACGUAAUGAGACUACAUUUCCAAGAGCGACUCCUAAUGAAUCUAUUAAAUCGGAUGUGUGCUCUUCUGCUACACCUUCAGAAACUAUUACUUCAAAUUCACCUUCACACCGCCGGCAUACACACUCGGAUUUCAGGAAAAAACCUACCAUGUCUUUCAAAACCAUGCCGAACUCAACUGUUACUUCCAAGACAGAACCACCUAACAUCAGUGAUACGAUCAGUACAUCUUCUUUACGCAAAGCCCAACAUCAACAAUAUAAGAUUUUUCCAAACCGUCGUGCUAAAUUCGCCAGGCAUUACCAGUUAAAAUCUAAUAAGUAUAAGGUACAGCCUAGUUUCCGCUCAGUGUUGCCGCGAGACGGAUUACAGAAGUAUAGUCAGAACCCAUCAAGCUCAUCUCAACAAAAAGAACCAAAUUCUAGAAACAACUUGGACAUUCUAGAACACCAGCUUGAGCCAGAGACAGCAAAAACAAAACUCAAGACGCUGUGGAACACAAUCAUAUACGGUUGGUCGUUGCAGUCAAAGUCCAGCUUCAAGUACGACAGCCCUAUGUUUAUUUUGGGGAAGUGUUACCACAAAGAGAGAGAGCAGAUCAAAACCCAACUUUUCCAUUCUCAUUACUCGUUAGAUGAUGAAUCGACGCUGACAGAAGACGAGUUUCUCGGAGACUUUGUCAGCCGCAUCUGGCUGACCUAUCGCAGGAACUUUUAUCCCAUUCCUGGAUCUAGACUGAGCACAGACUGUGGCUGGGGAUGUAUGCUUCGUAGUGGUCAGAUGUUGAUUGCACAAAGUCUAGUCACCCAUUUCCUUGGCAGAGACUGGAGAUUGUACAACAAACAAACAGACACAGACUCCGUAUUUUACAGAGAAAUCAUACGCUGGUUCUCCGAUCCCCUGGAUACCCCAUCAGAUAAAACACCAUUCUGCCUGCACCAUUUGGCCAGCUAUGGUCGAAUGUACAACAAAUAUCCAGGAGACUGGUACGGGCCAUCGUCAGUGGCUCUUGUUUUCAGAGAUGCGUUUCAGAAAGCCAGCCAAAGUGUACCAGUUUUAAGUCAGAUCUGUCUGUAUGUUGCCCAGGACUGCACAGUCGUCAUAGAGGAUGUGUUGAAGCUGUGUACGAAGAAACAAGCUGUGGGAAGUCAUGAUGGAUCACUGGAAAGCGAAACAGACACAUCAAAGGCAAAUCUUGAGAAUCCAGAAUGGCAGAGAUCACUGAUACUUCUGAUACCCAUGCGAUUGGGAGCAGACGUGACAAACGAGAUCUAUUUUCCGUGUGUGAAGAGUCUCUUAUCUCACGACAACUGUAUGGGAAUCAUGGGAGGCAAACCAAGACAUUCUUUGUACUUCCUUGGGUGGCAAGACAAUAAAUUGCUCUACCUAGAUCCACAUCUUUGCCGUGAUGCAGUUGAUACAACUGCUUCGGAUUUUAAAACUGAGACGUUCCAUUGCAAGACACCAAGAAAGCUACCCAUGCACAAAAUGGACCCUAGCUGUACUGUGGGCUUCUACAUUAAAAAUGCAUCUGAUUUUCAAAACUUUGUACAGGACGUUAAAGAGUUCAUUGCGCCUCCCAAGCAAAGAAAUGUCUACCCUUUGUUCACAUUCUCAGAUGGACAUCGUGGGGAAGCCAGCGCAGGUCAACGGACUGCGUCUGCUGACAAGCGGCUCAGGAUCAAGCACUAUCACGUGGACGAGUAUGGACAAAAGACAUUCGCUGGAGAAUCAGAAGAAUUCGUAGUGUUGUAG